AACAAAAUAGCUUUUGGCGCUUUUGACGCGUGUGCAGCAGUGCAGCCUACAUGAUUUCCGAGAUGGAGAAUCUAUGAUUUUCACUAGUUGCAGAAAAUGUUUAAAAUAGAAUCCUAUGUGACGCCGCUCAUUCUGAGCUACGUCGACAAGUAUAUAAAAAACAUCAAACCGGAAGAUUCACAGGUUUCACUGUGGGGAGGGGAUGCUGUUUUUCACAACUUGGAUUUAAGAUUAGAUGUACUUGAGGCUGAAUUGCAUUCACCAUUCACAUUUUCCACUGGACACAUUCAUGAACUUCGAAUCCAUGUUCCAUGGACAAAACUAGCUUCUGAAUCUAUUGUCAUCACCAUAAAUACCAUAGAAUGUACGCUAAAGCUGAAAAGUACAGAGGAUCGAUCAUCAGAAAAGUCAGGUCAAAGCCAAAAAGCAAAAUCAAAACGUCAAGAAGUGGCAGUGAGCCCUCCUGGUUACAUUCAGUCCUUGAUGUCAAAAAUAGUUAACAACAUCAGUAUUGUCUGCAAUAAUGUAAUUUUGAAAUACUUAGAAGAAGACAUAGUUCUUUCUCUAAAUGCCCGUACAGUUUCACUGACGUCUGUAAACAGUAAAUGGGAAACAGCCUUUACAGAAUUGGCUGCACCAGAUUUCAAGUCGAGGAAGACAGUAACAGUGUCUGAUUUGACUAUUUGUUUGGACCAGUGUAACGCUCAAGGAAAAAUCCCUACAUACCAGGAACCGUUUUUAUAUAGGUGUUCGUUAACUGUACGAUUGUGCUCAACGUAUCCGCACGCCAGUGGGGCCAAAGCUUUGAAAACCUGCAUAGAAUUUCUCUUCCCCAAACUCGAUUUUUCGUUAUCAGAUCAGCAGAUUCCCAUGUUCAUCCGAAUUUUCAACUUGGCUCUGGCUUUAUAUCUUGGUGAUUUCAAAAACAUACCGAGCGCAAAAGAAGAAGCAGUAGAUUCGUCUACCAUCGAUAACGAUGCCAACGACGAAGAAGAAAACUCUGGUAGCCAGUCGUGGGCUGGCUGGGCUUGGGGUUAUGUACCCGCUAUUUUGCCCGUCUGGGAAAACGAGACUACCGAAGGCAGUGAUGUAUUGCCUUCCGAUCGCGAAAGAAUCUUCCAACUUGGAGUAUUUGUUGAGCGUAUCAAUUGGACCUUCAAAUGGGCUGAGAUGAUUCGCGAUGUAUCCAUCUCAUCCGCUCCAAGUCGGCUUCGGUUCCAGCCUUUCUUGACAGCCCGAAUGCAAGGAUGUUACUCUUCAAGUAACAGUAGUCGGCAUUGAAUGGGUCGACGUACAAGGAGGAAUCAGUCACUUGACAUUAGAACCUUCCUCGCCUUGUUGCUUGUGCGGAGUGCCAGAAGAAAUGACUCUCUAUUAUCUACAAGGAUGCGAACGUGGAGCUUUCCUGAACGGUUCACUUUAUGACCCAGAUGAAAAUGUGGUGGAAUCCAAACCUAAUUGUCACUGGGAAGAUCACGUCCAAAGAAAAACUGAAGCUACUCUGCUGGAACGUACCCCAGCAUUAGGUUUUGAUUACUUGUAUCAGUUGGAACUUCCGAGCGAAAUCACUUCCGAAUAUCUGUCGCAGCUGGGAUCAGAACUAGAGUACAGCAACUUGCCCGAAAAGGCACUUUUCCGUCUGGCCAUCAGUCCACUUCAGCUAAAAGUCUCUUACGGAUUGUGUCAUCGCGUUAGUGCUUUGUUGCACGCAGCUCAUCUCUACAACUAUCCAGAUUAUGCCGAUCCCGAAAUGGAACUGAUCCGGCGGUCUUCAUUCUCACCGGAAGCAGAUCAGUUAGAAAUUAUGGGCAGUAGUUUGCCCAGCAGAACGUACCAAGUAGCAAUCUUGCGACCCCUGAUUUUCAUUUCUAUCAAUUCGCCACAUCCGGAUUUUGACUUACAGCGGCUUGUUGAACGAAGAGUCAUCCGGACGAAAGAUAAUUUGUAUUCCGGCUCUGCUUUGUCCAUGCCCGUCCUAAAACUGGCUUGCACGUGUGCCGAUCUCCAAAUUAUCCGCCCUAUGUAUCCAAUCCGGUUGACACUGGCGCUGCAGGCGCUUCCAUCACCUCCACCUGUUCUCCUUCAGCAAGGCCACACCGUAACCCAACUCAAAUUGCAAGAACUUUCCGUCGAUCUUGUAAUGGAAGAAUGCCAACUUCCUCUUAUCAAGCCCUGCAAUUUUUCCGCCAGCCUAAAACUACUUCUGUUGCCAGAACUGUGGCAAACGGAACGAGCGUUUUCGCAUUGGAAACUGGAAUCGGAAACAUUGGAAUUACUGGCUAGUCGACCCCAAUUGGAUUUCCUUGUAUUCGUCUGGCAACGUUUUGACAGAUCGAGCUACAAUCCCCUCCAGAGUUUGGCCAUUCGACGCAUUAAACACAUCGACCCAUCCAAUUUUGCAGCUGAAUAUGAACGGAAUCAAGAUCGAUUACAUCCAGACGGCGUCAACUGUGUGUACCGGAACGUCAAUCAGGUCGCUUAGAUGCGUCAAUCUUGCAACAACAUCCGGUCCUUUUCUUCUCUCAUAUCCCGGACACUGAUCAUCACAAUCUUAUCGAAUGCUUGAUUCAGGCGCCUCGUUGUCUCAUCCAGCGGAAGGUGGAAGCAGAUAGUGCUGUACCCGUGUUUGUUUUCAAACUGUCUAGCUUCGACAUCCUCCUGGAUCCUGGUUGGUUGAAAUGGCUGAAUUAUCAUUCGGAUGCAUUACUUGAGUGUGUGUUGUCAGCCGAACCGGAAGAAGAAACCGAAAAGAAACAGCCGGCAUCUUUCCGUAGCAAUCAAUCCAAUUGUGCGCGAGAUUCCGGAUUAAGCAGUUCAAUGGAUGGUCAAACAUGGCGAGCGUCAAGCUUGCAGAAAUCAGCAUUAACCAAAUCGGCGGAAGAAAUAUCAUUAAAUCAAACCUUUGAUUGGGUGGCAAUCCGCCGGAUGCUUCAACGUUCUAUCCUUCAUGUUGACAUUCAGCCGAGCAGUGUUGUCAUUCCGGGAGAAGCAGGAGGAUUGCGACUCCGAUUCCAAUUACCUGCCGUUUACGUGGCAUGUCCCCACAGCCGAACAUCGACUUUAACCCUGGAAGAUCUUCCAUUCCGAGAUAGCGGAUCCCUAAUUUCGUCGUUUCCGUGGACAGUUAGCUUCCAACAUUUCGGGCUUUCUUCUGGUCAUCAAAUCAAAAACCUUCGUCCCAUUUUGGAGCCUAUAUCGCUAAAAAUGACGAUCGCUCUAAAUCCAUCUACUGCACAUAAUCCGGCUGCGCGGAAGUCUAUCGAAAUUUUACCACCAAGUAUCGAUUUGUGCAUUCAUAUCGAUAUGAAUGCCAUUGAGAUAUCUCUCGAUGUUCAGCAACUACAACUGUUAUGCAACAAAUUUGCUGAUUUAUCAAACUGGUUGGGCGUUUCUACAUCAAACAGUCAGACUACAUCUGUCAGCCAAUCGAAUUUCGAUUUUGGACUGUGGCUUCAGUGGGCCGUCCCCCGAUUCGUAUUAGCCCUAGAAACUCCAUCCAGCAGAACUGUCUUAGACAUGGAAGAUGUAACAACUUCUCUGGAUUAUCAACAUCAUCAAUACGCCAAGAUUAAAUCACGAUUGACAUCCUUAUCGGUCAGACUAUUCACGCGCAUCGAAGAGACGUGGAACUUGGAAUCUAAGACAAACGGCAUCGUCUUGUCUUGCGUCGACGAUAUCACGCGUGAUUUGAUGCCAUCUGGUGUUGUCGACAAGUCAGUUUCUGCUCCGGCGAUAGCAACUACCCCACCAGAUGUUUUCCAGAACCAACCAACAAGUAAGAAUAGCGUUGCAGGAAAUGCUGGAGGAAUUUUAUCCCUGACAUGGACUCGAGCUCGUCGUCAAGACGUCCAUUCUAAAUGGCAGUCUAGAAAUCGCCGGAAGAGCAAUCAGACUGAAGAGGAAGUCGAAGAGGUCGCUAUUAAGUCUGAUAGUUAUCUACACGAAGUGGAUAUCGCCAUGGAACCUAUAGAUAUUGUGGUGACGGAAUUCCUCUUGAACCAUUUUGUCGAACUUGUCCAGCCUGGCACUUUGCGCUUUAUCGCGAAUUGUAACUCCUGCUUCGACGCUUCCGGCUAGUAGCCAUACCCUGCCGUUAAUUUUCGCCACCAGCAAAGGAUUGCGACUAUUUCUGGUCCAGGAAAGAUUUCUUCUUUUGAACUUUGGAUGGAGCAGAAUUGUCCCCCCACGUACAAAAUCCAAUCGGUCGAACUGUUCAGCUCAAACCUGACUUGUAUAAUGAAGCCGAACGACAAGGUCUUCUUUUUGUUCCAGGACAUGACGUUGAAGAUCGGCAAUAUCAGAUCGAUGUAUCUGGAUUGUCUUUGAGCUCAGGAUGUUGGGGGGAAGUAAGUCAAGCCAGCUGGGUUUGGCGUACGCUCAAUCCGGCUUCCACUCUCCAUACGAUGGCCGAAAAUCCUGCAUUAGAAUGGAAUGCUCGUCAAGAACAACCGUCCGAACCCCGCGUUGGACUGACCCCCAUUUUAGCCCGUUGCUCCUUCCGCGCCGUUUACGCUCCACCGAUCGUUAGUUUGGAACAACAAUGUGUCGUGGCUGGCCAAUCGUUUGAGAUCAGCGCUUCCAGCGAUGUACAACUACUGAUUGAUGUCAAACAAAUCAAUUACUAUGCCCAGUGGGUAGGAACUCUCCAUGCAGCUGCUACCAAUUUGUCUUCUGAAGGAGAACAAUCAAUCAGCUUCCCAAGUCAUUCAUUUUUCACAUCUAACCGGAUUGGCGUCAUCAUCUACGCAUCCCAAGCGGAAGGAUUUCUGCCCUUUGCGUCAAUCAGUCUUAUUCAGCCUCAUGUGCUGAUUAAAAAUGAUGAGCACGAAACAAGAGAAAUUGCAGUCUAUGAUAUCCGAUCACAGCUACCUUGUUGGUCGGAUGGAUCCCCCGUUAAAAGUGUUUCGCUUCCGGAUGAAAGCAUGUUUCCCAUCAGUUUAACAGAAACACGGCCCGGUCAGCCAUCCGCCACUACUGGGGUGCCACCUUCCCUUUUUCGUCUUCAAAUCACUUCUUCCCAUCAAUUGGAUAUCGAAUUUGGCCGACCCUUCAAAUUGAUCCUUCACGCCGAUAACAUUUCUAAUCUUCAAUUUAUGGCCAGACAAUUUAAAACGUUUCCAGACGAAAGAAGAAAAUUCCAGACCAUCUCUGUAUCGUCAAAUCAAUUUGAAAACGAGCCAAGUUAUAGUUGAAAUUCCUGUUAACUCGGCCGUGGUUGUUGCCGGCCUGAACGAUAUGUCGUUGAAUGUUAGUUGCCAAUUCGACACGAAUGAAGAAAAGCGAGAGAAAAUGGAAGCCAACUUAAUAGUAAAUGCAUUUUGUGUCAAAGCGGACAUGGACCCGGAUUUAAACUUGCAAUUGUGCGACCCAUUUAGCCUCGACUGUCGUGUCCAGUUGCUGUGGACCCACUGGUUAUCUGAUGGACGCUCAUUGCUGCACGCAUUUUGUCGAGCCGAUAACCUUCGUCUGCAUGCUGGACCGCGUCAAAUUUCCGUGUGUCAAUCACUGACGCAAUGGUUUCUUGACAAUUGCCCUCCAUCGCAGAACGACGAUCCCGUCCGUAAAGCCACGGCGGUCAAGGAUGAGCAACAUUACCAAGAUGAUUUACGGACUGGAGCAUUUGAUUUCCAAGUGCGUGAUACUACCACUCAACAGUCUACCUCAUCCAGAUGGGCACAAGCGGAAGAAAAACCACGUCCGUAUCAGGUGGUUUUUAAUGUCCAACCGGCCUCGAUGUGCUGGGCGUACCCUCAGCCAAGAAUCCUCACUAGAGUUGAUGUUUAUCCGAUUCCUCUUCUGAAACCGGAUGGAGCCGGCCAAGACCCAGUGCCUGGAGUUGAACAGGUUGAUUGCACCUUGGAAUUUUGGGAUCCUUGCUGUCAAGAAUUCCGAAUUUUGAGACGCUUUUCGCUAUCGGAAACUCGUUUCACUCGAGUUCCUUUACCAGGCAUAUCUGCUCAGAGUAAACAAAUUGUACAAGAAGAGGGGAAGAGAGCCGAAAAAGAACUUUUGGAUAAUCAAGUGGCUUUUUCUGAUAUGUGGCGCAUUGUGAUGCAUUUCACAGAAGAAAAUUUGCCUGAAAACCGACCGAAAAAGAUCAUCGCUGCUCCUCCAAGUUUGGUGGCUUGUACCAGGAUUGAUUCUUACUUCAAUGCUUCCAUGGUGCCUGACAUUCAAUUGGGUUUUACAUUCAAUCAGAUUUCAUUAUCUCUACACAAUCAAGUGGCUAUUCCGUCUUCAUCUUUGCUGGAUAGCCAAUUUCAUCUGGACGGAACGAUGCCAACAGAUUUUCCUUUCGCAACUUUAAAUUUCAGUUCCGUUUCGGCCAACGUACGAUAUCGAUUGGCAGAAACGUUGACAGCCUCUUUGGAUCUGUCUUCCCAAGUACAAGCUAAUCUCAUCAACUUUCGUUUCCUUGUUGAUGAGUCUAUUCUCGAGCCAACAAAUAUGGAUGUUCAAAAUCCUGCUGGAUGAGAGCAAAUUAGUGACCGCACUGAUUUCGAGCCAUAGAUCCAUGGAUUUUAACAUCGGCCAAUCUAGCGUUCAUACCUUGACAGCAUGUUUGAGCUCAUGGAACGCGUAUUUCAGUCGAGAAAGCCACACUGAUCCUAUCUAUACGCAUUACGUUUUACAAAAUGACACCCAAAACGUCCUGCGAAUCGGUCAAUCUGGGACAGGUGAAUCGAUACUGCUGACGUCACGCCAAGCUCAUCAAUACGCCUGGAAAGUUAUGGGAGAAAAUAACCAGUUACACGCGUGUAUGGAAGGUGGAAGAUGGCGUUGGUGUCAACCGUGUUCCAUUGACCGAACCGGGUACGGUUAUCCGUUCGGUACUGGAAAACCGUCCUAAACUCCCACUGAUUUGGACCGUCAAAGCUCUUAAUUGUAUCCAGAAGCAAGUCACAGUCCGUGGCCAGGUGCAAGUCGCUAAUCUAUUGCCUCACGCGCUGGAAGUCAAAUUAGUACCAUCCAAGUCUGAACCAAGUGGGUCCAUAGUAAUAGGC